CGAACCCAAAGCUUAUUUUUCGUAAAGACGCCAUAUUUUUCUUUGUUUGGAGGAGGUAGUCUACGUCUGACCAUGGCUUUACCAAAUUUUAGCAGGAUACAACAGACGCCCCCACCCCCAGCAUCUCGAUCGAGAGGAUAUGAUAGAAAUGCACCAAGUCCAUUCAUUCCUUCCUCGCAUGGCCACCCUGCAUUUAACCCUGUCAAAGUCAGUUCUCGCGGCGGAGUAAGUAAUCAUUUCCAGGGAGAUGCAAGGGGUCCAAAACAACCCAAACCACCAGACAAGCCCUUAAUGCCUUAUAUGCGUUACAGUAGAAGGGUAUGGGACUCUGUUAAGGCAGCCCACCCUGACUUGAAGUUGUGGGAGAUAGGUAAAAUCAUUGGUCAGAUGUGGAGGGAACUGUCUGACCAAGACAAACAAGAAUAUAUGGAUGAGUACGAGAUGGAAAAGAGUCAUUACAAUGAUGAAAUGAAGAAGUACCACAAUUCAUCCGCCUACCAGUCCUGGGUAGCUGCCAAAGGAAAAGCAGCUGCAGAAGCAGCGAUGGAGGAGGAUGAGAAGGAAAAAAUGGCCCAAAGAACACCACGCAGCACUGGGUCUUCUAAGAAUUCCAAAAUGGACUCCGUUGGAAGAAUUAGCAUACAGCAAGCAGAUGAUGAUGAUGAUGGAGAUGACAGUUUCUCAGUGAAGCACAUGGCUCAUGCCAGAUAUCUACGCAACCAUCGCCUUGUCAACGAUAUCUUCAGUGACACAGUGGUGCCAGACAUCAGAACUGUGGUAACAACAUCCAGAAUGGGUGUACUGAAACGUCAGGUCCAAUCUCUAACAAUGCACCAGAAAAAACUGGAGGCAGAACUUCAAACAAUAGAUGAGAAGCAUGAAGCAAAGAAAAGGAAAUUUCAAGAGGCUAGUGAUUCAUUCCAUGAAGAACUUAAAAACCUUUGUGAGAACAAGCCACAAGUUACAGAAGAACAAUUCAAUACUAUGGUUGUGAAAGCGAAGGAUGAUCUGAAAGUCCGUCACCAGCAGUAUCUACAGCAACAGGAAGAGGAAAGGAAACGACAGGCGGAGCUAGCAGAGCAGAGGAGGAAAGAGGAGGAGGAGAGGGAGAGGAUCGAGGCGGAGGAGCGGGAACGCCUGGUCCAGGAGGCCAAGGAUCAAGGGCUGAGUGUCGACCAUAAUCAGAAUUCACAAGGAGCACCCACUGUGCUACAGAACAUCUUGGGAAGUGGUAUCGUGAACGACAGGCUAAGCAACCCCGAGGAAGCUGUGGAACCAGACCAUCAUGACAAUGUUGAUGCAGAGUCCAUGGAUUCUGAGAAAACCGAGGAUAUGUCCCAGGAUGGAAUGUUGGGGAUAGAAGGAUUUGAAAAGGACGGAGAUGACCCCCUGUACUCCCCAUCCCCAGAGUCUCCUAACACCUCCCCUGACAUGCUAGUGCAUGAUAAGUCCCUGGAUCAGAUAGAUAGUCCAGAGUCGCAAGAGGACACCACACCCAAGAAGAAGAAAAAGAAGAGCCGGGCUAGAAAGGAAGAGAAAGAUAAGAAGGAGAGAGGGGAGGAAUCGGCCAGUGAGGAGGGUCCGCGUAAAUACCCCUGUGAUAUUUGUGGGAAAGCAUUUAAACACAAGCAUCAUAUGACUGAACAUAAACGCCUCCAUACCGGUGAAAAACCUUACUCUUGCACUCGCUGUGGAAAGCGCUUCUCCCACUCAGGGUCCUACAGUCAACACAUGAAUCAUCGCCUCUGUAAACCCAGUGCAAGUACGAACGGUAAUUCUGUCCUCAGACCUAGAACAAAAUCCCAGUGUUCACGUUUUUUACACCUCCAUUCUUGCCAUUAUGUUGUGAUGAAGAAAAAAAAAAAAAAGAAAAAACAACAGAUUUUGUAUUGUACGAGUUUCAUCAAAGUGUUGCACACAAAACUCCCUGUUCUAUAGUACACAAUGAAUUUCUCUGCUUACUCUUUCUUGGGAGGCAUUUUUGAUGAAGAACAGACUCUGCUGGCUUCAUUGGAAACGUUGGAGGAAAGACUAAGUAGAGGAAAUUAUCCACCUGCAUGUAAAUGUCUGGUGCUUUCAGAGGUGAAUUCUAGUCAGAAUACCCUUCUCCCUGAUAUCUUAUCAUCUGUGCAUCUAUAAAACAAUAAAAAUGUGCUGCUAUAGUAAAUAUUACUGGGUAUAUUGUUUCGUAGUUUUGUUUUAUCUGGGGGUUAAGGUGUCUCUUGGGAUGAAUAUACAAGUCUAACCUCUUUGAUCUCAGUUUUGCUUUUUUCUGACUUUUGUUCUUUUGUGUAUUAUGAUGUUUGUUGUAAGCAUGUUGUAUCUUUAUGCAUUUUGACCUUUACAUGAAGUCAUGAUCAAGCGUGGAUAAGACUUUGUAAUUCAGCUUGAUAUGAUUUCACCAGGAUGUUUUGAUAUGAAGCUAAUCUUUGUGUUGUAUUCUGUUGUAUAAGCUGUUGUUUUAAUAUAGAUAGCUUGAAGAUUGAGUAUCCCUAAGUAUUCCUUCAAAGCAUGUGUAAUAGUGUGAUUUAACUGUUAAGCAUUUUUUUUUUAAAAAAACCCAAAAAACGUGAAUUUAUAAGAUAUUACCUUUAACACUGCUAGUAAGAAAGAUGUGCCUUGAAAAGUAGACUGCAGAAUUUGUAUUAUGUUAGUAAUGGAUAAUUUUGUUUUUUGAUUUAGAUGACUCAGGUAAGCAUUAUGAACGAAUUACGUCUGGAAGUAAUUGGAUACCGUAGAAAUAGAAGAUUCAUAGAAAGAUGCAACUUGCUGCUGUAGAACUUUCGUAAUUUUUGAAAGUACAAAUGGAAGAAAAUUGUCAUGAUGAGAAGAAAGAAAAAUUUCUAGGCGAUCAUAGUUCGAUUUUUUUUACUGAUACAUGGUGACAGUGUCUCUGGCUUGGAAUUUAGCUCUUUAUAAUGAAAUUGUUUGGUGUGUUGUAUCAAAUUGAAAACCGUGAGAUCUCGGUGUCCCCACACAACAAAGUUGCUAUAGAUAUAGUGAUGAAUGCCAGUGUAUGCUUUUGUUCAUCUAGAGCAAUGUUGCAAACACCAUACAUGGACUGCCAAUCUAGGUUAAGUGUUAUUUUGUUGUCAUAGUUUGAAGUUUAGAAUUUUAAUUUUUAAUGGCUGCCAGUGAGCAUUAAUAAAGGCUGAGCGUGGAAACUUUCCAUCAAGGCACCGUUUACUCUGUAGAGAGGAGCGAUGAACAAUGUUUUACAUAACAUAAAAGAAAAUUAUUUCAUAAUCAUGAUACGUUAGCCAAAGUAACACUAAACCUGGACUGGCAGUAUGUAUUGCUCCAGAUCCUGGUAUCGGGUGAUUGACUCAAUUUAUAUUUAAAAAAAGUGAGACCCUCUUGGUUUGGUUGAAAGUGACAGAUAAUGAUGUUUUUCGGGUAGGGUGAGGUGUUGUCCUCCAUUUUUGACUAGUUUUUCUUUGAUUUCUGAGGAAUUCAGUCACAGCCCUGUGGUAUUCUUGCUUCAGAAAUGGCAGGAUGCGAGAGGAAAAUGACUUUUAAUCUCUAAGUUAAAGGACCAAGGUCUUUGUUAAUUAUGACAGAUAAAGGUGGUCUGGUUUGCAGUGUCCUUGAGUUUAAGAAAUAUUACAUUUGCUACUGUUUAUACAGAGUAGCCUAUACUAUUGUGGAGUUGAUGGAUUGCUGUUUUCUCUAAUAUAAUGAGCAUUUAGUCUAUACUGAUUGUGGAGUUGAUGGAUUGCUGUUUUCUCUAAUAUAAUGAGCAUUUCUAGGACAUCCUGUGGAAUUGUAUAUAGCAGUAGUUAAAAAAAAGAGAUCAUCAUUGUCAUGAACAUUCUUACACAUAAUAAUCACAAAUCUGCAUCAAACAGCGCUGUGAAAAUAAAUGAUAUUGUUAAGGUGUGUUUAUAACAAGGUGCUGAUGUUCUUGAUGUUAUUUGGAUGGAGGGUUUCUAUUUUAUCGAAAUUUUGGAUGAUUUUUUUUUCUACAAAGGAUUUGAUUUAAGAAGAAGAUGGUGGGCUUGUUUGUAAUUGGUUUGUUUUCAUGAGUAUUUUAGUUGCUCUACAGGGUGUGAAGUUGAAAUUUGUGGAAUCGGUUAUUAAGUGGCGCCAGUGAUAUAGCAGAAAUCCCUAAAAUAAUUUAAUACGUUGAAAUAGCAAGUAUACUUUAAAAGUAAUGCUACCCUAUUUAAAAAGAUAAAGUCCAUAGUCAUUGUUCACCUUACCAGAGGUUGUCUUAAUAGUUGGACUGAAUUUUGUUGUGGAGAUUUUCUUCGAAGAUCUACUAACAGUACUAAAAUUCUAACAGAAAAUGUGUACCUUUGAUGUGAAAUUGAUAUUUAUUAUAGAGGUACUAUAUUGUCAUGAAGAGAAUUGUAAAUUAUGAAGUAAAAGAUUAUAGUACAGAUAUAAUGUGGAUUGGAUGUCAUGGUCUGCAGUCCACAGUUUUGAUUGACCUGGUUUCUGUGUCCUGCAAUUUGAUUGGUCUGAAUCUCACAAGUUUUUGUGUGCAGCACUAACCCCUAUCUGAGCACUUCUUGAGUGGUGGAUCAUUAGUGCACUCAACUAAUAGAUUUUUAUCAGCAGAAAAUAUACAAUCGUGAGAAAUGAGUGAAAGUAACUGAAACAUCACUGGUAUUUUCUUCUAGGUCUUAUCUGUAAUUGAAAUUCCCAUUUGAAUUUUUAAAAAGUAUCUUAAAUGUAAUUUGUUGUUAGUUUACAUGAAAGGGCUUUGAAUAUUGCAUAAAAGCAAAGGAUAAUUGUACGUAGGUGAGGUUGACUAAGAGGAGAAAUGCAGUGUGGUACUGUUGUAUGUUACAGAGCAUGAAGGAAAGGGACAGAAAGACCUUGAUAACCCUCCCUCUGUUGAAGAGGAAGAUUCAAUGGACUCCUCUAUUGAUGAGAGAACAGAUGAAGGAGCAUUGAC